UCCGAGGCUUUUUCCCAGAAAUUCCUCCUUAUAAACAACGGAUAGCCGGCUGAAGACAGGAAAAUGGUAAGGUAGCCAAUUGGGGGAGGAUACCGAAGUGAGGGAUAACCAAGAAUUAUUGAGAGAAGAGAGAGAGAGCAAAAAUGCCGCCGUCUUGCCUAAAUGAGGUCUCACAGGUAUGCCUUCAUGGCUGCUGCCCAAACCCUCUCCUCAACCUGCCAACACAGGAGAAAACUAUCUCUAAGCCCAGAAGCUCUUCUUCAGCUUGUCGCCGUGACUUUGCAACAAAAACUACAUCCUCCAUCUUUCCAAACACCAAGUUUACCAACCAUGAAUCUCUCCCAUCUUUGCAAGAAUCAUUCCUUGAAUUCGUCAAAGCUUACCCCCAAUACUCAGCUACUGAUCAAGUUGACCAAAUCCGAGCCCAGGAAUACUACCAUCUCUCUCUCUCCGACCAUACCUGCCUUGAUUAUAUUGGUAUCGGCCUCUUCUCCUAUUCUCAGCUGCAAAACCAGGACUCCUCAAGAAACCAAGUUGCAUCUUCUUCCUAUCCUCCACUACCCCCAUCACCUCCUUUAAAAUCAGAUUUUCCCUUCUUUAGUAUAUCCUUAAAGACGGGGAAUCUAAAGAUGCAGCUACUUCAUGGUGGCCGAGAAUCAGAAUUCGAAUCUGCAAUGAAGAAAAGGAUAAUGGGUUUUCUUAAUAUUUCUGAAAACGAUUAUUGCAUGGUUUUCACUGCAAACAGAACCUCAGCUUUUAAACUUUUAGCAGAAGCUUACCCAUUUCAAUCUAAUCAGAAGCUUCUGACAGUUUAUGAUUAUCAGAGUGAGGCAGUGGAAGCAAUGACAAAUUGCUCUGAAAAAAAAGGAGCACGAAUUAUGUCAGCAGAGUUUUCAUGGCCGAGACUGAGGAUUCAGUCGGCGAAGCUAAGGAAGAUGGUUGAGAGUAAGAAGAAGAAAAAGAAAAGGGGACUCUUUGUCUUCCCGCUUCAUUCUCGAAUAACAGGAGCCAGAUACCCUUAUCUCUGGAUGAGCAUAGCGCAGGAGAAUGGGUGGCAUAUCCUGAUUGAUGCUUGCGCAUUGGGACCGAAGGACAUGGACAGCUUCGGCCUCUCUCUCUUUCGUCCGGACUUCCUCAUCUGUUCCUUCUACAAGGUUUUUGGGGAAACCCCAUCUGGGUUUGGGUGCCUCUUUGUAAAGAAGUCUACUAUUCCAAUUCUAGAAGCUACUACGAGUGCCGGUAUUGUUAAUAUUGUACCGGCAAAGAAGCUGUUUCAGUUAGGGGAUGAGUCUUCUGGUACCGACACAGAGCUUGAACAGGCAUCUAAAGCUGGACUACGAGGAGACGAUUUAGCAUCGUCGAGCUCUUUCUCCGGUCAUUUACAAAUACGAUUGGAACAUGAGUUGUCAGGGGAAUUGAAAGGAUUGGAAGAUUCCGAGAUUCGGGAAUCAGAAAAACCUGCUGAUUUAACUAAACUUGGAAAUGCUGAAAGCAGCAGAAAUUGGAGGCAAGAAUUUGAGUGCAGGUGCUUGGAUCAGGUGGACUCCUUGGGACUAAUACUGAUUAGUAACAGAGCAAGGUACCUGAUCAAUUGGCUGGUGAGCUCUUUGAUGAAGCUUGAGCAUCCUAACACAGAGGGAAUUCCCUUGGUGAGAAUAUAUGGACCAAAAAUCAAAUUUGAAAGAGGACCUGCUUUGGCAUUCAACAUAUUUGAUUGGAAAGGGGAGAAGUUUGAGCCUGUUCUUGUACAGAAACUUGCUGAUAGAAGCAACAUUUCUCUGAGCUAUGGAUUCUUACAUAAUAUCUGGUUCGCAGAUAAGUACGCAGAAGAGAAGGAGAGAAUACUAGAGGUAAGAGGAAAUGGAUCGAUGAAAAUAGUGAAAAACAAGAGUAAAGACAAAGCUGAUCAAGGAAUAACUGUAGUUACAGCUGCACUUGGGUUCCUGGCCAAUUUUCGAGACACCUACAAGCUUUGGGCUUUUGUUGCUCAGUUCCUGGAUGCCGACUUUGUGGAGAAGGAGCGAUGGAGAUAUACUGCUCUUAAUCAGAAAACAGUUGAAGUUUAAUAAGGAACUUACUCGAUUAUUCUUCAGGAUGCUGGAGUUCAGAAAGUGAAGCCUCAAGAUUUCCAAACAUAUGGAAAGUAAAUUGUCAUAGGAGAGGUAAUACCAUUUAUUGUUUCAUAUAAAGACUUUCAGAAUCUUUCGGACAGUCCAUUGUCUUGUAUAUACUGGCUUUCUAGAUUUUUCUUUGCACAUGUAUUUCAUCAGAACAAAUCUGCAACCGAUACCAACAUGGUAGGGUGUAGCAAACUUUUUUUUUUUCCUUCCCCAAAAUUAUCGAACAUUCUGCCUACCACAAA